AAUAGAAAGUGUUUUGGCCUUUGGGGCACGCAGCGUACGAUGUCGAGCUUACCAAACUUGAGUGCCCUCGAACUUCGGAUACUCGAGAGGACACGACAGCUAGGCUUUUGUUCGUACGAUAGUACGCCGGAGAUGCAGCAAAACACUAUGCCAUCCGAAGAGUCGUCCGAAGAGUCCGAAGCGACGUCGACGGAGGACGAAUUGCCGCCAUCGCCGUCACCUGACGGCGUGGGAAACCGUUUCUGCCGUCUCUGCGGUUCCAGCAGCCAAGAUCAAAGCCGAGACUGGCCGAGAGCAGGACAAAUUAAACUCCGAUGCGCCGGCAUGGCAGCGACCAUGGCGGGUGUUCGGUUGUUGGAUCAAAUUUUAGCGGCAGAAGAGACGGCAAGCUUUUCUGACACCGUUAAAAGAAAACUCGAAGACCACCUGGCCAUUACUUCCAAGGUAGCGGACGCCCUACGCGACGAAAAUGCGGAACUAUCAGCGCGUUGCAAUCAGUUGGUGUUUGAGCUGGAAACAGUGGGUUCGGAAGGCCAGCAGAAGCUCAGUGCCUCAGAGCAGAACUGUGAACAGCUCAAGUUACAGGUCGCAGAUUUGCAGGACAAGUUACGCAUUUGUCAAAAUGAUCUCCAGAUCUCAAAGUCCAGUCUGGCAACGAAGAGCUGUGACCUGGACAUUAUGAAGAAGAACCUGGAUCAGUUGUCGUCCGAAAGGGCAGAGCUGCUUGCUAGUCUGGAGAAGCGUCAAAAGGAGAUUGACAAGCUUAAUGAGGACGUGACACGACUCUCGGAUGAGCUAGUCUCCAAUCAACAGAAACAUCACGAGGUUGUCGUGGCUUUGGAAGAGAUCCGUGUACGAGAGAUGACACUCGAGCACAAUGAGAGUCGCCUCAGCCAGGAGAAAACACUGCUUCAGAAACAAGUGGCGGACUUGAUGGAAGACCUUCACGAACGAGUCCAGGAGGUUGCCAACCUCCGCAGGGAAAAGACCGUCAUCUCUUGCGACCUCCGCACGGAGCUGGAUAGCCACAAGGAGAUGGUCCGAGUACUGGAGACUCAGCUGGAAUCGUGGAAAACAUCGGCCAUGGACAAAGAGCAGCGUGCGGAGUCACUUGCACAGCGCCUGAAAGAAGCCAAAGAGUCGCACGCAAACCUGGAGGAGCAUUUUCAAAAGGAACUGAGAGCGCAGACAAAGCUCACGCAACUUUACAAGCAUUCGGAUGAAAACUCCAAGGCCAGAGUGCAGGAACUUGUAACUGCAGUGGAGGAGAUGCAGGGUCUCCUCAUGGAGGCCCAAGCCUCAGGGAAGGAACUGGAGAAUACACUGAAUGAAUCUCAGGGCCAGGCUCAGCUGGUCAUCUCUGAGAAAGAAGCUGAAAUUGGCAAGCUCAAGGAGUCUCUGGAAUCUCUGUCCAAGAUGAUACAGGAGAGAACAUUCAGCACGGACGAGUUGGAGCGCAUGUUUCCCACCGCGGCUGCGACGAGCCGGAAGCUGAAGUCUGGCCCGUCUCUGACAGAGUUGAUGCACGAACAUUAUCAGCAACGAGAGGAACUGGUGAAGGUGAAGGGAGAACGGGAUUCACUUAAGCUUCACCUGGAUGAAGUGGCGCAGGAGGUGACGCGCAAGGCACCUAUAUACUGUCGCCUCAAGGAAGAAUACCAGAAUGCCCUGGAAAGCAUGGCGUGCAUGCGAGAACAGCAGACGGGACUAUUGGUGGACAUGGAGACGCUGGUGAGGGAAAGGGACGAUGCCAGGCGUGUCCUCUCCCAUGCGGAACGUGACGCUAAGCGCUGGAAGCAGCAGUGCGAUGACCUUGCGCUACAGGUGCGUCACCUGCUUCGUGAAGUUGAAGACGCACGUCAACGUUACGCGCCUCGUCCAGCUCCCGUGGAAGAUGUCUCCUCUUCAGACGACGCUCCAUUGAGAGCGUCGGACCUCAUAACGCAGCGACUAGUUUCCUUCCGUGACAUCGACGAACUUCAACAGAGGAACAUGGACCUCUUGGCAGUCGUCCGCGACCUCAGCGAGAAGCAGGAAGAGGAAGAGAAAGACACAAACGAGGAGCGAAACAGAGAAAUGCGCACCAAACUUGAAGCUGCAAUGUCCCAGCUUCAGACACUGGAAGAUGAGCGCAGACAUCAGGCAACAAUAGUGGCAGCGCUUGCUAAGCAGAGGGACACUUACAAGGCCAUUUUGACUCAGAAGAACAUAGACGUUCCACAGAUGGCUUCCAACGGUACCCAAAUGUUUGAGCCCCCCGUGACGUCGACGCCUGCUGUGCCGAGGCUCAUGAUUGCUUCUCCGGCUGAGAAAUCGGUGUUGGAGCAGAGCGCCGCGGAAGCACGGAAAAAACUCCACGAACUACAGCAGGAGUUCGACAGCUACAAGAAGGAGAUGCAGGAGAACAACAAGCUGCUAUCGGAACAACUGGAAACUCACCGCAAUGAAGCGUCGCAGCUACGAGUCCGUGCAGCUCGGCUGCAGGCGGAGCUCGAUUUCUCGCAGGAACGUCAGGCACUCACCCAGACCAACCUGGAGAGCUUCCGCAAAGAAGCCGCCACCUUUCGUGAGCACAACGUGCAGCUGAGCAAUUCGGUCGUUCAGCAUCAGCAGACGUUGACUACCAUAAGACAGGAGCUGCAGACGGCUCAGGAACGACUGUCGCAGGCAGAAGCGUCGCUCGAAGGCGCCCGUGCCGAGCGAGACCUCCUGCGCUCGAGAGAAAAUCGCCUACUGCAGGAGCAGGAAGCCAUGCGUCGAGAGAAAGCCUCCAGCGAACGUAUCCUCGCAAACCUGCAGAUGGUGCAGACAAACCUGGAGCGGCUCGACUCGGAGACGCGCAGCACGGCACAGAGCAAACUGCAGAAGUUGGAGCUUCAGUGCGAGUCGCUCAACUCUCAGCUGCGAGCUCAGGUGGACCAGCAGAAGGCGCUGACCGCUACCUGGGAGAAACAGCUGGCGGACGAAAAGGCGCGUACCGAGCAGGCCAUCCAGCAGGCGCAGAAGACGAAUGAUGAUCUGGUUGAGGCCUACGCUCAGUUACACGAGACACGACAGCAGAUAUUGGCACUGGAGUCAAAGACACAAGGACGUGCUGAAGGCCAAGGUUCCGGGGACGUCCUGUCGAUUAACUGCCUUCUGAAAAAAACGCAAGACCAAUUGAAGGAGACCCAAGAACGCCUGGCGCUGACGCAGAGCAACAUGGAAUCUUACAAGAAGAUGCUCGAAGAUGUUGAGGGACGACUGUCAGAGCAAGGAGCAAGCAACGAGGACUACAAGCAAACUAUGGAACGGGCUCUGCAAGAAGCUGCAGAAGCACGUGCCUCACUCGAGUCAAAGGUCGCUGAGUUGGAAGCCGAGAGAAAUGACCUGAUCAAAGCCAGCGUGGAAGAGGCCAAAGUCCAUCGGCAGCAAUUGGAAGAAGAGCAUCAGAAACUGGAGAAGGCCCUGGCAGAACUGGAGGAGGCUCGUCAGCAGAGGGACGAUGAAUGCAGACGCGACAAUACGCUUUUGCAAGAUCACAGCUUCCAGGCAGCUCUCACAAAGGAGGCACAGGAGAAGUACGAGCGUGAGCUCAUCCUGCACGCAGCAGACGUUGAAGCACUGUCAGCCACAAAAGCUCUGCUGGAAGAGACGCAGACCAAGGUGGCGGCGCUGCAGGAAGCAGCAAAUGCCGCGCAGGCGUUGCUCCAGGAGUCGUGCAGCUCUUGGAAGGAACGGGAGAAGCUUCUCCUCUCCGAGAAAGAGCUGCUGGCAAUGACGGAACAGGAACUUAGGAACCAGAACACAGCUUUGCAUGAACAGCUGGAAACUCUGAGUGCCCAACUGUCUGCAGUAAAGAGCCAAAGUUGGGAAGACAUAACGCCGGAGGAACACAAUAAGUCUACCGAACAGCUGAUGGAAGUUGUAAGGUAUCUUCGCAAAGAGAAGGAGAUGGUGCUGAAGCAGGCAGAGGCAUCCACCGCAGAAUCGUCCCGCCUGCGUGUACAGGUCGACCAUCAGGCGAAGGUUCUGCAGCAGAUGGAGCAAGAUCUCAAGGAAGAGAGAGAAAAAGCUGUGGCAAAGGCAACCAGCGAUGCUCAACACACGGAACUGCUGCGCAAAGUUGAGAUGGUCAACAUUUUGUCGGAGAGCAACCGCGUCCUCCGCGAUGAAAAGGAGAAGCUUGGUGGACAGAAGAAGCAACUCGAGGAGAAGGUGGCUCAGUUGGAGAAAGCCGAAGCACCGCUCCGCGAUGAGUUACGCUCGUUGAAGUCUCAGCUGGAGGCUGUGCAGGGCGACAACAGCCUGUUGAAGAACGAGCUUCAACGUUGGCAGGCACGAACGAGCCAGCUUCUCGAGCAGUCAGCACGUAUGGACCCUGAAGAUUUUAAGCGUGUGGCGCAAGAGAACACGAGCCUGAAACAGCAGGUGCAGGCCUUGAACGAUGAACUGCAGGCAUCAAAGAGCCAGAUACAGAAAGCGGAAGAGGAAAGUGCAGAGCUGAGGAACCGUCUCAACUCCGCAGUGGAGGAUGCAAAGAAGCUUCGGGGCGAGUUUGCUGCCAUUCCGCAGCUGCGGAAAGAGCUGUUGGCUGCCCGCUCUGAAGCAGAAAGGCAAAAACAAGAAUUGAUGAAGUUGUCUACAGAGAUCGAAAAGUUGAAAGAGGACAAGGAAGAGAAGCUAAAGACCAUCAUUCAGGUGAAAAAGAUCGCCCGGAAGUACCGCAGUCAGUACGAAGAAACAAAGUCUGAAAAGGACGCUCUCGACGCACGCUUGACGGAGCUGCAGUCAAAGCAGGACACUGCAGAUGAGGCGUCCACUCAUGCCAAGUCGGAGUCGGAGUCGAAAAUGCUGGAGCUGGAACAGAAAUCCGUGGAACUCACUGAAAGCUACGAGAAGGCGAAGGCGGACUUAGCCCUCGUGACUCAGGAAAAAGAGCAGGUGACAAGUGCAGCCGCGGAGAGCCAGGAGAAAGCGCGGAAGUUGUUGACGCAAGCGAGAAAGCGGAUCGCCGACUUAAUGGCUAAGGCUGAUGCACUCACAAAGUCGAACCAAGAGCUGAAGGGUCAAGUGCAGAAAGCGCAGGGCCAGCUGCAGGCAUUGGAACAGGCAAAAGAUGAAGUGGCACUGAGGGAGAACACGAUCAAGUCUCAAUUUGAAGGCCGACUGCAGCGCCAGGAAAGGGAACUGCGAGACUCCAAAGAAGCCCUGGAAGUGGCGCACCGCCAAGUGGAGGAAUUGUCGCAGAAGCUUGCUCAGCAUCAACAUCAACACCAGAAGCCACCAAAGCCCACCAUGGUUGCCGCACCAGUCGAGCGUUCGAGCGGUAACGCGGCGGAACCGGUAACGGCCAAUGUGCGUCCUCUCACACCUCCCGUGGCCCCUGUGGCAGCAGCUCCAAGUGCCCUGCGACAAGCUUCGGGUCCCUCGGCGGCUCGCCUCACUCCGACAGCCAGUAUCCGACCCAUGGCACAGACUAGACUGGUUGCGGUGGUUCCCACGUCUGUCCCUGCGUCAAUUGCAGGAGAAAGCUCAGCUACUCCUGUGCCAGUUGCUUCAGUGCAGCCGGACAUCCAGGCAGCCCCAAAUACGGUGAUCGUUACUCCUUCCAGCGUGCAGGAAGCCACUGUUCCUGUUGCUGUGGAAACGGCAACUGCAUCAGACGUCAUGAGACCAGACGCAGAAGAGGAAGUGGUAGCUGCCCCAGUGGAACAUGUUGUUGCGGUUACGGACGAAUCGACGUCUGCUGCUGUUUCGACAGAAAGCACGAUGAGUCUCCUUGAAGAAGCAAAGCAUUCCACUGAGCGUGCGCCGUCACCAACGCUGAAACGUUCGCGCGAAGAGACUGCUGAAGAUGCAAGCACGAGCGAGGUUGUGCGAGAAACAGCGGAAGAGGAACGCCUUGCCAAGAAGAUGAAGCUUCAGCAGAAAGAGGCUGAGCUCUUGGAAGAAGAGCGAGUGAUUGCCGCGGAUGAAGGCGAAGAGGAAGCAAAGGAUCAAGCGCCAGAAGUACCAUCUGGAGCUUCUGAAGCAGAAGGUCAUCUGCAAGGGCUAACAUCACCUGCCGAUGUCAUUGUGGUUGAAAGCGACGAAGAGGCCAUUGAAGAAGAGCAGGAGAAAGGGAUUGAAGGGGGAGACUUUGAAAGAGAGGAAUCUGGUAUGGAGGACGAAGGAUCCGCUUGUGACGAUGAAGAAAUGAAUGUUGGUUACAAUGCAGGCGGAGUAGGGGAAGGUGAAGAAGAAAUGCCUGUGGAAGAGAUCCCAGAGCACGACAUUGCGGAUGAAGAAGGCAUCGACGAGGAGUGCGUCAUCGCCGAAGGGGACAUGGAAGACCAGGUGGACAACGAGGUGGAGAUUAUCGACGUGGUCGAGGAGAGUGUGGACGACAGGGAAAUGGACGAACCAAUUGACCCGACAACGAGCCAUGGAGACACACAGGACGAAGGAUCUGUUCCGCAGCCUUGUCCACAAAUCUCUAUUCAGAGGGCAUCUCCUACACCAUCCCAGACGUCUCCAAGUCCCCUGCAGAGGCCCUCGCUGCUUACCAGGUCCCGCAGUGAACGUCUGCCCUCGAGCCAGAGUGCAGCAGGCUUCGAAGAAGGCGACGACAGCAUCGUACCCAGUACCCCGACGCUUUUUGUGCCUCGUAGGUCAGAUGGCUUUGCAGAGGCUGUCAGUUCACCUCAUGUUCCACAUGGUGGAUUCGUCUUUGGAAGUGCACAGGAAAGUUCAGCAUCCCAGGAAGCUCCUGGAAUUUCUCAGCUUGCUUCUCAGGGAGCUGUGGGCGUGGAUGACACUCGAAUGGACCUGUCCCACUUUGAGGAAGGGGGAGGCCAGAGUGUGCCUUCAACGCCGCUGCAGAUUUCACCACCGGAGUCACGUGAUGCCUCCCUCUUCCAAUCAGACGCGGCUUCAGCCGACCUGGACCAACCCAGAAGCUCCUCCGGCAAUGCCAGUGGCCAGCCGACAUCUCUCAACGAACAAAGCGUCCCGGGUCCAAUCAUAACGGAGACGACUGAUGAGACAGAUGAUGGGUUAGCAACAGUUGUACCACUAGUGGAAGAACCAGCCAGUGAAAGCAGUGAAGUUCAAGAAGAAGCGGACAGUCAGCCGGCCAAACCAUCUACAUCAUCAGAUGCAUCCGCAUUGCCAGCUUUGGAUGUUAUCGAAGAAAAACCUGAAGAAAUCGACGAUGGAAUAUCAACGUCAGUGGACCAGCAGACACCUGGCAAUGAACAACAGUCAACCGAGCAGCCACAGUCACAGCGGCGCCGCAUCGUCUGGGACGCACCGUCCGAGAUGCCCGCGGCCUCGCCACCGGCCAUUGCCACGCCCACUCCGGCCGCUCCCGUGGCAUCCACCACCAGGGUUGCCCACUUUUCCUCUCCCACCAGAGAAGCCGGAGCGCCGCAAACGGCGACACGAGGCCAACGCGGCCGACGCGUCAGGCUUCGGGGAGCUUCGACCAGAGGGGCCGCAGCCUCCCAGCCGGCGUCCACGUGGACGGCACCGGGCUGGCGAGGAGGGAGGGGGACGAGGCCACCACGUGGGGGGCGAGGGGGAUACAUUCAGUGAUUUUUUUUUUUAAUCUUUCGUUUGUUGCGAAGGACAAGUUCACAGUGUGAGCAGUACAGCUGCCGGCGUGUUAGAAACUUGGAUUUUAGUGUGUCGUUAAAGUUUUAGGCAAAACAUUGUUCAGUGUAGUAAAGGUUGCUCCCCCGUGGCUUUGCCCUAUAAUCGAGUUUCUAUCCAUUUUCAAAAGCGUUUUAAAGGCAUUACGUUGGUUACUUUGGACGGGUGUAAUAGACGGUUAUACGCAUCAAUGUCUGUGAUGCUCGAAAGCAGAAACCGGAACUGCCGGCGAAGCUGCCUCUUGCCGAUGCCACGGAAACAAUCCUGCUUCAGCCAAUCAUCUGUUGCGAUUUGCUGAAGUAGGUGAGCGCACGGGAGGACUUCCUGGAAUGUCAUCGUCGUUCGAUGGUCAUUAAAAAAAUUGCUUUUACCCGUUA